UCAUCUUCUCGCUCAGUUCAGGGGGUCUGCUGCAAACCCCCUCGGAUAGAGAAAAAAAAAUAUUUUAUAUUCAAUAGCGACUCUUCCUCCGUCCACGCUUUUUGCAUCCCAAUCCCUGCACCACGACGCACGUCGCAUGGACAGAAGCCACGGAUAACGAUAGGUCUGGUUCAGUUGCUCCUGGAACACCCAGUGUGUACAGCCGCCUCAGCAUGCCUUGUGUACACCAUCGGCCUGGUGGUGUACCGACUGUGGCUUUCGCCUCUGGCCAAGUUCCCAGGGCCCAAGUUGGCCGCGGCGACGCUCUGGUACGAAUUUUAUUACGACGCGCUGUGCCACGGCAAGUACACCUUCGAGAUCAUGAAGAUGCAUGAGAAAUAUGGUUUGCCACAUGCUGCUGCUCCUCGUCUCCCAUGUUCGAUGAUCGGUGACUGAUCUCAUGGCAGGUCCGAUUGUGCGAAUCAGCCCAUAUGAGCUUCACAUCAACGAUCCCGAGUACUCUGAGGUCCUGUACUCUCGAGACAGCCCGCGUGAUAAGUAUUCCUACUACACCGGGCAGUUUGGGACUCCGAUGGCUGCUAUCUCGACGAGAGAGCAUGCCCUUCACCGUCUCCGCCGAUCCAACAUGAACCCGUACUUUUCAACGGCGCGCAUCCGCAAACUGGAGCCGACUAUCCAGCUGCUGGUCGACAAGCUCUGCAGUCGUUUCAAAGAGUUCAACGGCACGGGAGUGCCCAUCGUGGUUCAGCAUGCGUACACCUGCUUUGCCACCGAUGUGAUAUCCGAUUAUACCAUGGGAUCCGGCUGGCACUAUCUGGAUCAGCCCGACUUCGUUCCCCAUUGGAGUCACACUCUGAGCGCCAUUGCCAAGGCAACCGUUUUCUUCAAACCGUAUCCCUGGCUAUUGUAUUGGUUGAAGGCUUUGCCCGAAGGCUUCGUCGGCAGGAUGGAUCCCGGCAUGGAUCUGUUCUUCAAUUUCCAACGCCGCUGCAAGACGCUCAUCAAGUCUGUGAUCGAUAGCCACAAUGCUGCAGACUACCCGGAAAAACGCAAAGCGUACGAUCAUCCUACCUUUUUCCACGACGUGCUCGACAGCGAUCUCCCCCCCAGAGAGAAAGGCCCGGAGAGACUGGCCCAGGAAAUUCAGGGAAUCAUUGGUGCUGGGUCGGAGACAGUCGCCAAAACCCUGAGCUGGCUCACCUACUACCUGCUUGCUAACCCAGACAAACUGGACAAGUUGCUCGAGGAAUUGAACCGACUUGAUCCAGACCACACUGCGACUCUUUCGGACUUUGAAAAGAUGCCGUACUUGACAUCAGUCAUGUUGGAAGGCCUGAGGUUGUCGUACGGCGUUAGUACGCGACUCCAGCGAAUCGCCCCCGAUCGUAACCUUCAGUAUAGAGAAUGGUCCAUUCCAGCUGGUACCCCUGUAGGGAUGACCAGUGUCAUGAUGCAUCACAACGAAGACAUCUUCCCUGAUUCACACAGCUUCAUUCCAGAGCGAUGGAUGGACGACAAGCAGCGGAAAUACCUGGACAAGUAUUUUGUCGCCUUCAGCAAAGGAUCCCGGCAAUGCGUUGGAAUCAACCUAGCCAAAGCCGAGCUGUUGCUCGUCAUCCCCAAACUCUUCCGGGAAUUAAAGCUCGAGCUAUUUGAGACUACGCGCGAGGAUGUAACGCUGGCCCAUGAGCUAUUCCUCCCAUUCCCCCGGCUGGGAAGCAAGGGUGUGCGUGUAGUCGUUGUAGGCUAAGGCUGAUUGCCACGGAUCGACCGUCUACCACGCGAUAUAAUUUUAUGAUCUCCAUUUAUGUCGUAGCACAUAUAAGGCUAUCAUAGUUUAAACAGCUAUAUACAAUGGAUCAUAUAUCAUGCCUCAGAUACCGUGCCAAUGAUCGAGAAAU